UCUGCGUCGUCUGCGGCGUCCGUGUCUCCGUUUCGAAUUUCCAUUUCAAAUCUCGCCGCCUCCUCUUCUCCCCCCCUGCUCCACCCCUUCCAUUUCCGACAAUCCCUCCCCGGGAUCCCGCCGCACCAGCCCCCAGACCCUCGACCGCGUCGGCGGCGGCGGCGGCGACCGAGCGCGCACGCCGCAGGAUUCUCUCGGCUACGCCAUGGGCUGCUUCCUCUCAUGCUUCCGCGGCCGCCCCGACCCUGCCGGCCGCGGCCUCCACGAUCCGCUCGUGCGCAAGACCAGGCUCGGGGACGCCUUCCUGGACGACCACCACGACGACGGCACGCCGAAGCUUGAAGCGAGCGGGACGCGGAAGGGGGACCUCGGGAACGACGGAGGGGUCGACGACGACCUCAGGCGAGAGGCAAAUUAUCUUAAAUCCUGCGGCGCAAUAUCAGAAACCCCUCCAGAAAUUCUGAAAGCAUCAUAUGAAGUCAAAGAGGAAGAAAUUAAUGAGUGCAAUGAGACGUCCAACAACGCAGAGGAGAUUAAAGGGGCCCUGGUGUCUGAAAAUAAGGAUUACUUAUCUGAAGGGUUCAGCUCCGACGGGCACGACGAUGAUGGUGCUUUGAAGCAUGACCAGGACACUGAUGAAGGCACUGACGACCAUGUCACCGAGGCUGAUUCAGCGCCGAGAUCAUCGUCGCAGGAGAGGUCUUCAGGCCAGAGCAUCAGGAACCAGAAGCUCGACCCCAGCGAUUCACCUUUCCCGACCCCAUUGGCUCUCAGAGACGACAUCCAGACUCCUGGAUUCACCACACUCCAGGGGAACUUCAAGCCCGGGAAGCGCGGGAGGGCGAGCAAGCAGUUCCUGUACCCGGUCCUGAGGCCGAUCGAGAACAAGCUGCAGUGGACGGAGCUUAGAGACGAGUCCUCCUCCUCCCCCGUGGUCGCCUCUCACCCUCCCAAGAGAAGGUACCUCUCCGCAGAUUCCACAGAGAAGCCUCAUCAUCAGCCAACCCUCCCAGGCUCAGUGAACGAAAGCACAGAGAUGUCAUCAGAGUCUGCGCCAUUCUUGUUCCAUGCCGGCAGGAAAGAGCAGCAAGCUCAAGAGGCGACGUUUCCACAGGAUGAGAAUGAUAACCAACAGCAGCAGCAGCAGCAGCAGCUUGUGGGUGGCGUCGUCGGAGAGCUGCUGAACAAGAGCUCGGAGAACGGGAAGCAUGGCGUGGCUAGCCUGUCCUGCUGGCUCAAGGCCUCGUGUGCGGAUGGCGGGCAUGGUGAGGGCCAGACUGGAAGGCAGCUGGGCUUCGAGGGGGUCGAUCUCAGUGACGUGCCCAUCUUUGUGGCCUCUGGGCUGAACUGGGACGACGGUGAGAACCACCCGACCCCGAUGCUGCCCAAGGCCUGGGACGGCAAUGGGAUCCCCAACACCACCACCAAGUACAAAGAGGACCAGAGGGUUAAUUGGCACGCCACGCCGUUUGAGGAGAGGCUGAUGAAAGUUUUGUCCGAUGAGAAACCACACCACCAGAGGAAAAUCAGCGGGAAGCUGAUCCACCUGGAGGAGGACGCGGUGGAGAGCCCCGCAAGCGCAACUGCUUCCUCGUGAUCUGAAGCUGAGAGUGUCCACCAAGUGCUGGCCAACCUCAAGCGGCGUGUCUGAAGCUGAACUGCUACUAUCACAUUCUUGUCCGCUGAAGACUUUUGCUUGCGCGCUCCUGCAUACAAACUUUCUUUGCACAUCACCUGCUGAUUGAUGAUGCUGGGUAUACGAACAAUAAAGAAUAAGAAAAACUCUGCUUCGCGUUC